AUGCACAGCCUGGCGAAGGGGACGAGCCGCGGCCACGUGGCGGUGUGGGUGGUGGAGGUGGUGCGAGACAAGGAGGUCAGCAAGGAUGUGCUGCUCACCGCUAUCGAGGACGCGCAUCAAUGCGCCUUCCGCGUCGCUUUCAACCUCGUUUCCGUCUUAACCGCCGUCCCGACGUCCACGGGUGGCGAGCUCCCGAUAUCGCAGGCGGACGCGCGGUCGUUGCAGCAGAUGGAGAACAACAUCUUUCAGAACAUCCUCGUGCCCUUCAAAACCUUCUCCGAGCGCAAGCAUAUCCCAGCAGCCAUGCAUGUGGAGAAGAAUGACAGGCGGGAGGAGGGGCUGGUGCACGUGGCGACCUCCUUCCAGGCAACCCGCCUCUACAUCGGCUCCAAGAAGAAGCUCUUUGGCAAGUCGUCCCACAUGCCUGACUACUGCAGUGGCCACCUACCAGACACCUGCACGCUCAUUGUGGUUCAGGGGGGGCGCAAGAUCAGAGAAGCGCCAGUGCCUGACUACUGCAGCGGCCACCUACCAGACACAUGCACGCUCAUUGUCGUGCAGGGGGGGCGCAAGAUCAGAGAAGCGCCAGUGCCUGACUACUGCAGCGGCCACCUACCAGACACAUGCACGCUCAUUGUCGUGCAGGGGGGGCGCAAGAUCAGAGAGGCGCCAGGCGCCGCCGGGCCCCCUCCCAACCUGCCCGCCCGCUCCGCCCGCCACAGCAACCCUCCUCUCCCCCAGCAGCAAGCCCAGCGCGCCGAGCUCUCACACACACUCCCCUCCCAUCCCUCGCACUCCUCACACCCCUCCCAGUACGGCCAAGCUCCUGGGCCCCAGUAUCCUUCCCCCCAGCAGACGCAGUGGGCUCAGGCUCAGCUGCCCCAGCAGCAAGCCCAGCGUGCCGAGCCCUCACACCCCUCCGGGCCCUCCCCAUAUGGCCAAGCUCCUGGCCCGCAGUAUCCUCUCCAGCAGCAGACGCAGUGGGCUCAGGCGCCCCAGCAAGCCCAGCACCCCUCCUCACAGAUCCACGCCCCGACUCCCCAGUACCCUCCCCAGCAGACGCAGCGUGCUCAGGCGCCCCUGCAAGCCUUCACAGGGCAGCAGGGUCAGCAGGGUCAGCAGGGUCAGCAGGGGCAGCAGGGUCAGCAGCAGGGGCAGCAGCAGGGUCAGGGAUUUCUGCCACGGGCUGGCAGUGGUAACGGGUCGGAUGGCACCCCUGCUGUUCAUGCCGACGCUGCUGCGGCUGCUGCUGCUGCUGCAGCAGGGGGCUCGUCGCAGGUGUCUAGCGCGCUCAGCUCGCCCACACAGAGCCCUCCUCUCUCCCCGCCCUCCCGCUCCGCCUAUACCAGUAUCUGUGACUCUGCUGCUGCUGCUGCUGCUGCUGUCUCCCCUGCUGGUGUUGUUUCUCCCUGGGGAAUGGGAGACGAUGUGAAUGGGUUAGGAGGGAUGGGUGGCAUGGGUGGUAUGCCUGGCGUUGGUGGCAUGAAUGCAAUGGGUGUCAUGAGUGGAUUGAGUGGCAUGGAUGGCAUGGGCGGCAUGGGCACCAUGAACGGCAUGGGCGGCAUGGGCGGCGGCAUGGGCAGCGGCAUGGGUGGCGGCAUGGGCGGCAUGGGCAGCAUGAACGGCAUGGGCGGCAUGGGUAGCAUGGGCGGAUUCGGUGGCGGCAUGGGUGGCAUGGGCGGCAUGGGCGGCAUGGGCGGCAUGGCUGGCAUGGCCGGCAUGGGCGGUAUGGCCGGCAUGGGCGGUAUGGGUGGCAUGGGCGGUAAUUUUCCAGCUUCUUCCUCUCUUGGUGCCCCUGCUCUCACCCACCUUUCCUCGAGCCCCGCUGACAGCCAUAGCCCUGGCUCUUCCUCCCUUCCCGGAUUCACCACAAACCCCACCACCAUGGGUACUAGUGCUGCUGCGGCAGGCGGUUUCCCGAACCAGGGGAUGCUUCCAGGCUCGGGAACAGACUCGGGGUCAGGUUCGGGAGGACCAGGCGGCCAUGGGGAGGGGGCGCAUUGGAAUGUGUACAGGCAGAUGCUAAGGGCGCAGCACACACAGCUGCAGCACAACCAGCAGCAGCAGCAGCAGCAGCAGCAGCACAACCAGCAGCAGCAGCAGCAGCAGCACAACCAGCAACAGCAACAGCAGCAGCAGCAGCAGCAGCAGCAGCAGCAGCAGCAGCAGCAGCAGCAGCAGCAGGCAGGAGGGAAGCAGGCAGGAAUGGUUUCUCCAGAAAGAGCAUUUCCUGCUGACACACGCGCCGGGAUUACCACUGGUGCUGCUGCCGCUGCUUCUGCGGCUGCUGCGGCUGCGGCUGCAGGGAUGGCAAGAGAUGGCAGUGUGGGCGGCAGCAGCACAGGCAGCACUGCGGAAUACCCUCUGUCAAGGGUGGACUCUGCACCCGGGCCUCCCCGCCAGCCGUCCCCCUUGGGCGGGCAGCCCUCUGCUCACGACAGCAGCAGCAAUAACAACCACGCGAACAGCCACACCAUCCCGCACGCCAGCUCUCAUGCCAGCAGUCUCUCAAGCGCAGCAACAGCAACGGGAGGAGCAGGAACGGGAGGAACAGCAGCAUCAGGAGCAGCAGCAGCAGCAGGAGCAGCAACGGCAGCAGCAGCAAGGGCAUUCCACGUGCCAGAUUGCGCCCCUGUGACGCGCACCAGCAGCGGCGGCAGCGUUGGCAGUCGAGGCAACCCCAGGGCGUAUGGUGCUCUCACUGCCUCCCGCCACCACCCCUCCACCCGCAUGGGCGCCCCUAUGCCCAUCCCAGGGAGGGUUGACACCCCCUCUGCUCCCCCUUCAGCAGCAGCCCCAGUGCCGGUCGCAGCCCCAUCCCCCUCUGCUGCUGCUGUUGCUAAGGUUGGCUUCUCAGUCCCCGGACCCGCCGACCCAGCAGCAGCAGCAGCGGCAGCGCACAUGCAAGCUCAAAUGGGCAUGGGUAUGAAUCCUUUUGGCUGGCCUUACAUGAACCCCUACAUGGGCAUGGGCAUGGGCAUGGGUGGUGGUAUGAUGGGAGGACGGGGGAUGCCUAUGGGGCAAACGGGUAUGAUGGGUGGGAUGAGUGGAAUGGGAGGGAUGGGUGGAAUGGGUGGGGGUUUCCCUAUGCUCGACUCUGCUACCUCUGCUUCCUCUACUUCUGCUGCCUCCUCUUCUGCUGCUGCCUCCUCUGCAGCAGCAGCAGCAGCAGCAGCAGGUGGGUAUGGCAUGCCAGGCAUGGGACACCCAGGCAUGGGAUAUCCCGGCAUGCCUCCUGGGUUCGGCUUUGGCGGAGCUCCCUUUGAUUUCACGGAGCUUCUAGCCGAACUGGCUCGGCUGCAAGAGCAGGCUCGGGCAGCCCAGCUUGCUGCCGAACGAGCCGACCAGCAGGCUCGGGAGGCUCGGGAGGAGGCUCGGAUGGCUCUGGAGAACGCCCGAGCCGAAUCCCAGCGGCGCUUAGAAGCCGAACUGGAAAAGGAAUUAGCUAAGCGUCAGGCGGAGGAGGAGGCAAAACGGGCAGCGGCGGCAAAAGAAGAGGCGGCCGAGGCUAAAAGGGCUGCGGCAGAGGCAGCAGCAUCAGCUGCGGCCACUCUGGUGAAAGCGCAGGAGGAAUAUGCGUUAGAACGGGGGGUGAAGAAGCAGCAGGAGUUCCGGCAGUACACUAUAGAGGAACUGGAGGCAGCUUGUAACGGAUUCAGUGAGGAGAAUCUGGUGGGGGAGGGCGGGUACGGGUCGGUGUAUAAGGGCAUGCUGGAACACUUCCCUGUGGCUGUGAAGGUGCUCAAGAACGCCCAGACCAACCAGGCUCUUAAAGAGUUCAAGAAAGAGGUGGAGGUGCAGAGGGGGCUGAGGCACCCCACCAUAGUGCUGCUGAUCGGGUGCUGCCACAACCCGCCCUGCCUCGUGUACGAGUACAUGCCUCAGGGCUCGCUCUACGACCGGUUGCUCUGUGACCGAGGGUCCCCCCCCCUGCCGUGGAACGUGCGGUUUGAGAUCUUUGAGAACAUGUGCAAGGCGCUCAUCCACCUGCACAACCGUGUGCCCGCCAUAGUCCACUUGGACCUGAAGCCAGCCAACGUGCUCCUGGACAACAACUUUGUCGCCAAGCUAGGAGAUGUCGGCCUGGCGCGCUUCUUAGUCGGCAUGGACAACGGCCGCUCCUUCAUGCAGCAGUCCAUGGCCGUCGGCACCUUCGGCUACGUCGACCCGCACUUCCUCCGCACCGGCCAGUUCUCGCGCGAGUCCGACGUGUAUUCCCUCGGCAUGGUCAUGCUCGACAUGCUGAUCGGCAUCAACGAGACGUCGGGGGAGCGGGGCAAGAGGGACAGGGAGUUGGAGGCGUUGGAGGAGUGUGAGGAGGGCGGGGAUAUGGAGGCGCUGGGUGAGCUGCUGGAUCCGUCGGCUGGGUGCUGGCCGCCACGUGUCGCGCUGCGGUUGGUGCAGCUGGUGCGGCAGAUGGCGCAUUACAAGAGGAAGGCUCGGCCGGACCUGAGCAAGCAGGUGAUGGUGGUGGUGGACGAGUUACGCCCCUACGUGGAUGCAGCAGUGGCGCUGGAGAGGGCGGACCGCAUGGAUGACUACCGGGACUUUGUUCCGAACGAGUUCAGAUGCCCAAUUACUAUGGGCAUCAUGGAGAAUCCAGUACUGGCAGCGGAUGGGCACACGUACGAGAGGGAGGCCAUAGAGCAGUGGCUGCGCGUGCACUCCACCUCGCCCAAGACUGGCCGGCGGUUGGAAAGCAAGGCGCUGACAGACAACAUUGCCGUGCGAUCCAUGAUUGCCGAGUGGCUGGAGCACCGGCUGCAACGGAGAGAGUCGCAUAAUCUUGAGAGCCUGAUGAGUGGCGAGCAAGCAGACGGUUACCAACCGGGCGGUUACGCCGAUUCACGUGACAUGCCUCUCCAUGGCGCAGGGGGCGUGCACAUGCAAGCAGGGCAGCCAGGGUACUAUGAAGGCGGGGGUGCUGCAUCAGGGGAUUAUAUCGGCAGUGAUGAUGUAGCCAGCGGUGGUUUUGCCGGUGGUGGGGAGCUUUAUAGAGAGACCAGGAACGGAGGAGGGGUGUAUGCUGGGGGGGAUUAUAUGGAGAGGUUGAGAGGGGGAUGUAGGGUGGUGGAGGAGGGGAGUGAGUGGGACGAGGAGGAGGAAGAGGAGGGUGAGGGUGGGAUGAUGCGUCCUGUAGUGGAGGGGUGUGGGGGAGGGCAUAUCCAACCUGAUGCAGCUUCAGAGGACGAGUCGGUUCAAGGAGAAUUGAGGCGGACGUAG